GCGCCUGGGCUCCGUUGGUCGCCAGGACUGGCAGGUCAGCAUCUCCCCCGCCGGUCCAUUGUUCCUGCCGCGGUCCGGUCCCGGUCAAGCCAGAGGAGCAGCCCCGUACCGUCAGCUCUAGUUUCGGACCUGUGAGUUUAAACUUUUUAUCCAGACAUUCUGUGUGAUCUGUGUGUUCCCUAAUCCAGGAGAUAUUUCCUCCAUGAACUCUGUUAGGAGGAAGCCUCCAAAGGUGUGUCUUGAAGCAUAACUCCAGCUGGAGGGUAUUUUAAAAGCUAUUCAAGGUCAAGAUGACUACAGAUUCAAAGGAGGUUUUAUCCCUGGAUGUUCAAGCUCCUGAGAUGUGGGAAGAAAUUCUGACAAUGAAAGUUGAAGCAGAAAGUCAUUUCCACAGUCAGGAAUCCAGACUGAAACAUAGUAACCCACUGGCAAGGGAAAUCUUCAGAAGACACUUUCGGCAGCUGUGCUACCAAGAGACCCCUGGACCACGGGAGGCUCUAACUCGACUUCAGGAACUUUGCUACCAGUGGUUGAGGCCACAUGCAAGCACAAAGGAGCAGAUUUUGGAUCUGCUGGUGCUGGAGCAGUUCCUGUCCAUCCUACCCAAGGAGCUCCAGGGCUGGGUGAGGGAACGUUGUCCAGAGACUGGUGAAGAGGCGGUGAUUUUGUUGGAGGACCUGGAGAGAGAGCUCGAUGAACCACAACAUGAGAUGGUAACUCACCAACACAUACAAGUCCUCUCUAAAGAAAUAGUGCCUGUAGCAGAGCAGAUGUUACUGAGCCUUCAGUCCCAGCCUGCAGAGCCCCAUCUCACAUGUGACCCUGCUCAGGAGUCUCAUGCUAUUGGAAAGACAGACAAAUUUCUGUUUUCCAAACCUGUUGCAAUUCCCCAGCCAAAACGAGGAGAAGAACCAUGGCCUAACAACAGAGGAGUCCUAAAAGAUGAAAUGACCAAGAUUAAGGACAGAGAGUUGGUGCUAGGGAAAGACUGUCCUAUGGUAGUGGAAUCACAUGGGAAAAUGUUUCAUGGUCAGACCAGGGAGGUAUCACAUGAGGAACCUCAACAUGAAGAAGCUGGUGAACCUAAGGAUGGGAUAGAGAGGCGGUGGGGAAAUACCUUAGGAGAUGGGCAACACAAAUGUGAUGCAUGUGGGAAGAGCUUUGCUCAGAGUUCAGGUCUCAUUCGACAUCAAAGAAUUCACACUGGUGAAAGACCCUAUGAAUGUAAUGAGUGUGGGAAGACCUUCAGUCGAAGUUCUGGACUUUUUAAUCACCGAGGAAUUCAUAAUAUACAGAAGCGGUACCACUGCAAAGAAUGUGGGAAGGCUUUCAGCCAGAGUGCCGGUCUUAUCCAGCAUCAGAGAAUCCACAAGGGCGAAAAGCCCUAUCAGUGCAGCCAAUGCAGUAAGAGUUACAGUCGGCGUUCAUUUCUUAUUGAGCAUCAGAGAAGCCACACAGGGGAGCGACCUCACCAUUGCUUAAAAUGUGGGAAAAGCUUUAACCGCCAUUGUAACCUUAUUCGCCAUCAGAAGAUCCAUACAGAGGUUGAUCUGGUAUAGCCCUGCUUUCCCAAGUUUUCCAGGUCACUGGCCAAGUUUUGUGAGGAAGAUAAAACUAGAAAAUGCCUCUUUCUUCCUGUCUCCACUAAAUAUGUUUGGAACAAAUACUAACCAAUGUCCCAGGCACUUCCUAAGAAGAAAAUUUGGGUUUUUUGAAGUUACUGCUUUUCAUUCUGUUCAUUUGCACCUUUCCUGUUCUUUCUACCCCAUCUCUUUUUUUAAAUUCUCUUGAAGAUGGCUGUUAAA